AUGGGUGCACCAAAUUUCUACCAGUCUGGACUCGUGUCCCUCCUGUUCGCGUCACUGUGGUUCAGCAGCGUCGCAAAGGCUGACUACAAUCGCUUCUGUCCCAAUCAAGCAGGGCAAGUUCAAGUCGAUUCCACCUUUUACACCGUCACCUGCGAUACGUCUUACAUAUCUCCCGCUCCCAAGAAGGUAAAGGAGAGCGCAUCCCCCGAAGAGUGUGCUCGGCUAUGUACGGCGGAGCCAGCAUGCCAUGGCAUGGUCUGGCAUGCUGGAAACUGCUGGCAGUCCGACAAAUCAGAUGCCAUCUCAUUGCGUGUCCCGGGUGCUGUACUACUGACACCUGGCGAGAAACAUGAUCCCGCCACUGGACCAUCCGAGGGACAACGGCAAUGUCUCGAGGAGAAGGAGCAAUUGGCACAGGAGAAGGAGCAAUGUGGUACAUCGUUGGCGCAGUGUGCAGCUGAGAAGAGCAGCAUAUCUGCCGCAAAAACCACGUGCGAGAACAGUCUCGCAGCUGCAAACAAAGAAAUUGCGCGACUGUCUAACCCACGGAUGGUCCCUGAUAGCUUCGUUCCUGCCCGAAACGAUGAUGGACGGGAGGUGGUUAUUGCUGGCAAGAGAUGGAAAAUAUAUUACGCCAAGUUGAAUGAUCCUGGCGCUUGGGAUGUGGGUACUCUAAAUCAACCGUCCUAUAUGGCAUGCAUGAAGCUCUGUGCUUCAAAGCCGAACUGUGUCCGUACAGCAUGGGUCAAUGAUGUAGCCGGCACGAGUACAUGCUGGAUGAGAUCGCAUGGCCAGCACACUGUUCAGACCACUACUCAACCCUGGACUUCCACCCACCUUAUUGGACCAGCUUAAGUGCAAAUAUCGGAUACUCUCCGGUCCGAGUCAAUCAGAGGAGGGUGACGUUUGUCUAACUGUGGC